AUUUGAAAAUGAGAUACAGAGAACUUGAAUCUCUUGGGAAACCCCAGGACUGUUAAAAAAGAUGCAGAUACUGGGUUUAUGGCUUCAAAUUCACCGCUUAUGAGUUUCUUCACUUGGGAGGUUGUUUAAGGAUGAAUGUUGCAGCACCAGUUCCCUUCUGCUAUUCCUAGGCACUAAGGUUAAGUUAGGUCUUCCAGCUACAGGAUUUUAAGUUCUUCUCUUGAAGGAAAACUUGAAGGUGGUUUCUUUAUUUCCCUCUGACUUGCAGGUUUCUUCCUCAAGGAGACUAAAGACUAAACACAUGUACAAAAACUUACUUUUCACUUUCUUGACACGCUCCUUUCAGCUAAGUUAUUAUUCUGUCAAGCAUACAUUGCUUAUGCUUCCCUGAAGUAGCAGUUCUUUAUAAUGUGACCAUCUUGUUUGCCUCAUUUUGUAUCUUUGAACCAUCCCAAGAGCUGAGUAGGAGCAUUUUUCAGUUUUUGAUAUUCAGUGACAUGAGUUCUCCUGCAGACUCUUUUGAAAACGAUUUGCAAAUCAACAUCUGAUGCGUGCAAUGGCUUGAAUAUGCACUAAGAUGGGUGCACUCAACUAGCAGUUAUUUUAAUAUUAUAAUUAUGAAAACAAGUGUGCUCUUUAAUUUGUUUAUAAAAUAACAGAUGUAAAAAGUAAGUUAUGCUUAAGGAUAAACUUGACUGUGACUAUACACAGUGGUAAUAUUUCAAAAGAGUAAUCUUUAGAAUUUUGAGGCAACCGUAAACAACACUUCAUAAUGCUGGUGUGAUCUCUCUUAAAAAACAUAUAUAUAUAAAUUCCCUUGCUGCAGUCUGGUGAGCAAUCACAGGCUAUUAAAAACAAGAGAGGGAAUUCCUAAGAUGCUUCAGUAAAGCGAGGUGGUGUCAUUUAAAAACAACAACAACAACAAAAAAGUAAAUGUAGAUUUCUAAGAAUAUUGUUUUCUAAUAUCUAACUUCUCUCCUGGUUAUAGCCUCAGUUAAUACAGUAGUGAAAGACCUCAAGAGAACUUCAUCUCUGUAUCUCCAGUCGAACUUCCAACUGGCCUGCUAGAUAAGGGUGAAGCAGCAUGACAAGUGUCCCUAAGGAAGGGUGAUCUUGGGCAAGGCCCAGGCUGACACGAUGUGGACGUCAUCUCGUGCUUCAACGCGGCCUUUGGAGAACGCUGCUGGUCAAUUUACUCCUGAGGCCACUGGGUUUUUGUCUGUAGUUGGAGUCUUCGUUGUCCUCCUUGCAGUCCUCUUCCUCUUCAUCAACAAGAAGCUCUGCUUUGAAAAGAGAGGUGGACUCUCAUGCCUGGAACAAGGGAGAAGAAAACACUACAGAGAAAAGUCUAGAGUUUGUGAUGGCCUUGGUCUGUUGAUGGCUGUAACCAGAACGUGCGUGCUUCAGAAAAGCUCCCUGAAUUAUAAGUGACAUGCUGGCAAAACCGAACAACUGAUCACCAGAUACCGGCAUAGUGUUAAACAUGGCUUCUGAGGCUGCUCAAAAUUUCCUCCAGCCACUGUCAUCUUGGAUGUCUCAAAUAUAUGAAGCUAUCCAGCAAGCAGGAGACUCUAUAUCAGCUUCAUUGCUGAAUUUGAGCGGAGUGGGUCGUAAGUCAGAGGAAGAAAGAAACCAGGACUUGGAGGACAAUGGAGGAGUUUAUGAGAAUUAUUCUGAGGAAUCAGAAGAUGAAAUACACAUGGACCUGUGGGAUGAGGAAUACACAUAUCCUAGAGAAGACGGUCACAUUGGGGGUCCUGUUCUUGCUUCACAACCCCUCCCUAGUGGCUCUGACCUGGGUCUCCAGAGGCAAAAAUGGGUCAAAAAUACCACCAGCUUACCAGAGCAGAGUGUUGAAAGCACCAGGCCUUUGGCAGCCAACGGAUCCUACUGGAUGAAUGAAGAUUUCCAGCCACUUGAUCGGCUUCCUACUAUCGCUGAGGAAGAAGGUGAGCCCUCUGUGAGGGUCAGAGACCACGAGAACAACCUCAGCGUGGGUGGCUCCACAGAAAUUCAUAAUGGCAAGGCAAGUUUUGCAGAUCUGGAUGGACUAAGCCAACUGAGUUACCAAGACAACCUACCCUAUCGUGAAGAUGACCGCGUAUCUGUUGAUUCAAGAAGAACAAUGGAGAGUAGGGGUGCUGGGCAGCAUAAAGGGCCUAGGAUGGAGUCCCGCACUGCUGAUGGCAUUAGCCAGCAAGCCACCCAUGGAUGUUUGGAACUGGAGACAACAUUUUCCAACCAGGGAUUUGAAGGAAAUGAUGCGACUGACAGCUCAUCAGCGUGGAGCCCUGAGGAGCAUGAUGAAGUAAACAGUGUACCAGAUCAUCACAGUGCUCAUCAGCCUGUUUGUAGAUGUGGUGAUCUAGAUGUCAUCUUCACUUAUAAAGCCUCAAGUCAAAAGCUGGUGGUUACUGUCUUGGAGGCCAGGGACAUCCCAGACAAAGACCGCAGCGGUGUGAACACCUGGCAAGUGCACACAGUCCUGAUGCCGAGCAAGAAACAGAGGGGUAAGACAAGUGUUCAGAGAGGACCCGUCCCGGUGUUCAAGGAUAAAAUUACUUUCAGUAAGCUGGAGCCACACGAGUUAAGUGGCUACGCCAUCCGUUUCCGCCUCUAUGCCGUGCACAAGAUGGUUGGAGAGAAGAUGAUGGGAGAACAGCUGUUCUACCUGAGCAACAUCAGCCAGGAAGGGGAGGUGAAGGUGACACUGAUCUUGGAGCCAAGGAGUAAUUUGACUAGUGCAGACUCUCAGCUUAGUCUGUCAGCAAUCUCUCACAGUGAUAGCACUUCUUCAACACAGUCCCUGUCGCAUGGAGGGGUGCCAGAGCUGCUUGUGGGCUUGUCGUACAAUGCCACUACGGGGCGGCUGUCAGUGGAGAUGAUCAAAGGCAGUCAUUUCCGAAACCUCGCAAUUAAUAGGCCACCUGACACCUAUGGAAAGCUCUGCCUGCUCAACUCCAUGGGCCAGGAGAUGUCUCGCUGCAAGACCUCCAUCCGCCGAGGACAGCCCAACCCCGUCUACAAGGAAACUUUCAUCUUCCAGGUUGCCCUCUUCCAGCUCUCCGAUGUCACGCUCAUGAUCUCCAUAUACAACAAGCGCAGCAUGAAGCGCAAGGAGAUGGUCGGCUGGAUUUCCAUGGGGCAGAACAGCAGCGGGCAGGAAGAGCAGGGUCACUGGCAGGAAAUGAAGGAAUCAAAGGGGACACAGGUCUGCAGGUGGCACACACUGCUCGAGUCCUAAUGGUUACAGGGGCAGCCUGCGGGUCCUGGGACUGUGGGCUGUGUUCCCAGUCAGCAGGAAGCAGCUAUCCCAUGGCAAGCACUGUGCUCUGCCAGGUCUUGUACACUUUAACCUGACUGUCAGUGUCAUCUGUCAUGAGCACUGGAAGUGGCAAGGCCUGAGAAGCAAGUUUACUUCUUGUCUUUGCAGGUUUCCCUGCAUUUUCCAUAUCCAAAUAAUUAUCCCAAGGGAAAAGCAAUGGGCAAACCUACAACAUCCCCUCUUUGGGCCUUGUCUUGCUCAUUUUAUCAUAGGCCUAACCAUCACAGUCUGAUUUUGAUGCUGUUUUCUUCUGGGGUAAAUUCUCCCUUCCUUCCUUUCCCUUAUUUAUAUUAAUGAAGUUUGCAAACAUUCUUGACACGCAGAUAGCUCACAGAUAGGCUAAACUGCAUGCAGAUCACGUUCUCUCUCUCUCAUUAUCAUGUUUUUGAGUCCUAGAAAUAAGCAUUUGGUACCACUAUGGACUGGAUUUUUCAGGCAGCAUGGGAAAGCACUGUUGAAUUCUCUGUCAACUUUUAAGUGCCUAGGCAUUACUACUGUCUCCUGUACUAACAAUUGAUAUUAUUCAUUAGGACUUAAUACUACCAAUAUUUUUAAUGAGGCACCCUGUGCACUUGUUAGCCUGUAUUGCCAUAGGCGUGCAUGAGAGGUAACUAGCAUCGGUUUUAUAUUGCAGUUAUACAACGCAUGUUUAGAUGCUUACUUGAAGUUCAUGGCUUCUGUCAUCAUGGAUACCAAAAAAAAAACAAAAAACGACCAGAACAAGCUGCACAUCCACCUUUGUGCCUGAAUCACACUUUUCUGCAUCGUUUUGGCCAUGUGUCACUUUGCUCUGUAAAAGUGAGGUUCAUUCAGAAAAGCGUUCCUGUGAGCAGUGCACAGAAAGGCCUUCUGGCUGUGGUUUCUCUCACUCAGUUAAGCACAACUCAAGUUCUCUGAGGGCUCUUGUUCAAAUGUUCUAUCCUGUAAUGUCUUCUGGGGGUCUGAAAAGGGACCAUUUUUGGCAUGCUGAGCAGUAGGGAAUGCCAGACCACAUCACUUCAUCUUUGGGGCAAGCUCUCCUACAGGCAAGAAAUAGGAUCCAGGGGACCCCUCCUAGAGGGGGUGCUGGCUCUGACGAACCACACCGGAGAAAAGUAUUACGUUUCCUGUCUCUGACUGAAACCAGUGCAAGGAGCAGGCUUGCUGGAUGAGGUGAUGACACUUUUAUGUAGUUACUCUUCGGACUCCUUUUUGUCAUUUUCCAUUUUAAUCUUUUUUCCUGUCUCUGUGAGUUAAAGUCAAAAAAUGAAAAAAAACGGAGUCAAUGGAUAGGGAACACGUCUUCGUCUGCUGUCUCACUAUUGAACGUUUAGCAGUCGUUAGCUGUUGCAAAGCUGCGUGUGACACAGCAAAGGAUGUUCAUCCUCUCGUGCAGUGAUGGUACGUAGACAGUAAGGUGCCAAGACAUUCAAAUGCUAUCAUCGGCCUGAUUUUGAUUCCCUGUUCUCUUUAGAAGAGGACUGGCAUUUCUUCAUUCCUGCUGAUGGUAAUGAGACAGGAAAUAUUCUGCUGAAAAGGUUUCUGAGUCCUGAAUCACCUCAUGUUUUGUUUUUAUCGUUUACUAAGACCUGGCACCAAACUCUGCCUCCUGCACCACAAUUGUCUCCUUCCCUUUGAUGGUGCUGUGCAGAUCUAACCAGUGCAAGUUUGGGCACGGGCUUUUUAACCAAAAUUGAGCGUGGGUGCUGGUUUGCCUCACACCCAGUGAAGUGCUAGACUUGGGUUAUCACUUGGUGUGAUACACACAGGCUUUGUCUGCCCUCGCGGGGCAGUCCAACAAGAAAGAAUAAUCUGUAGGGAGAAGGACUGCAGGUAUAGGUGAGACAAAUUAUCCUACAGGUCAUGGUUAUAGAUAUUCUUACACUUACCUGUCUGAGCACCAUUUCCAGUGAGACUGGUGGGUGUCCUAUGCAGGAGGGUUGUCCUCCACUGCCUAGAUAAGCUGGCAUAGUAUCUGCUUUGCACUACUGGAGCUUUGUAUCGCAAAGCAGGAUCUAACCCAAACAGAACUACGUUUUUGACUGCACUGUUAAUGCAGCUGUAUUACCAAUAGGAGAGAAAAUAAGCAUGUGAGUGGUAAUGAGCAGAACAGGUCUGUGUUUCUUUUUACCAUGUACUUUUCUUCUGGAAAAAAAAGUACAGGAAACAGCCCAAUUCAAAAGGUGCAUUUGCUGAUUUCAGAUGUUUUCCAAUCUCUGCAUCUGUUUUUCCUGAACUGCACAAAAUGUAUAUACAAGUGUUUAUAAGCAACUUUAUUAUCUGAAAUGUGUAUG